AUGCUGGUUUAUAGGCUGGCAAGGGAAUAUCCGGCUGAUGCGGAGAGGCCCGCUUCUUUCUCUGCACCACUCUGCUUACCUCUUCUCACCCUGCACCCUCUGCUUACCUCUUCUCACCCUGCACCCUCUGCUUACCUCUUCUCACCCUGCACCCUCUGCUUACCUCUUCUCACCCUGCACCCUCUGCUUACCUCUUCUCACCCUGCACCCUCUGCUUACCUCUUCUCACCCUGCACAGACAAGGCCCCUUUGUGCAGUGACGGCAUCGUACUACUCUACAUCCUGUACCUCACAACAACCGUUUGGCAAUACACUGACCCUGUGCUCGAGCACGACAUUGGACCGACUUUGCUGGUUCGAGCUCGACAUCAACUCCCCUUCUUGUUCUUGUUCUUCUACAUGCUUCCCAUCGCUUCCGCCCCCUUCCGAUUUCCGCGCGCUGCCAAAUCUUCACGCCGAGACCAACACUUGCGUCAGCCCGUCCGACAAAUCCAAUCCCCUGCACCCUGUUUCGUCCUUCCAUCGACGAUGACCUGCAAACACCGCCUUGCUGAUCACUCAUCCUGCCAAGGCCGACCUCGAUCGCCAUCCACAUUCUCGGUCGACGGUCUCCACACGCAGCGACUCGGCCCGCAGCUUCCCAUGUCAAAUCAGGAACUGGACGUCUCCUCCUCGAUUCCAAACUUGUUAUCCUGGUUCACGGAAGGCGGAGGAUGGGUGAGUCCGGAUGUGGAGGUCGUCUACAAUGACUCGCAUGGCUUUCACAUGCUAGCCAAGGGCCCAUUGCACGCUGCUCUUCUGCUCUCUUGUCCCCUGAGACUCUCCCUUUCGAUUCUCAAUCUAGAAUCCGACAGGAACCAAGUGCUGCCUAUUGACAGCACCCUGCAGCAUUGUCGAGGGAAGAUUCCUGACCAUAUCUUGGCCCAUCUUCUGCUCAUCGAGCAACGCAACAGGGGCGCUGCUUCCCCAUGGCACGCUUACAUUACUUGUCUACCAGGGCCAGAAAGUAUGACGACACCUCUGUGGUUCCAUGAGGAGGAUGCCGCUUUCCUGGCUGGCACCGGCCUAGCACCUGCUGCCCAAGAAAGAAAACGGGACCUGUGCAGGGAGUGGGACAAUGUAGUCGCUGUAUUCCAUGAGCUUGCAAUUCCUCUUGCCGCCUUCACCAUAUGUGCUUUGCUCGAGUCGAAUGAGAGCUCCCGUCCUCCUGACCGCAGCCACGGCGCAUACUGCAAGGUCAGCUUACGCGCGAGCAAAUUGCUGACGCGUAUCAGCGACUCGCUCUUCUGGGCCGCUACCAUUUUCACCUCACGCGCAUUCAUAUCAACGCACAUUUUGCCAGGCCAAGAGACUGUGCCUGUCCUCUUCCCAGUCAUCGACAUUCUCAAUCAUUCGCCGACUGCCAGGGUAGAAUGGGAUUUCCAGCCCCAUCAAUCUUUUGCACUCAAAUGUCAAGCUGGCGAAACGUUUACUGCCGGACAGGAACUAUUCAACAAUUACGCUCCCAAACAGAAUGAUGAGCUGCUCCUCGGCUAUGGCUUCUGUCUCGAGGAUAACCCGAUUGAGCAGUUUGCACUCAAACUCGCGUUUCCGCCUAGGCUGCUGCAGCAUGCGCAGGACAUGGGCUUGCUAGACGUCGCGAGCGUGCCGUUUGGCAUGUCGCCAGCGUUCCUGGGACAGGAUCUAGCCACCGAGCAACACUUUCUCAGGACAAAAGACCAUCCCUUUGGCCGUUAUGCAAACCACAUGCCGUGCUUCCGUGGCAUACCGCCUUGUAUCGUCCAUUUCUUCUUCAUCCAGACGGUCAUGACAUCCGGACUAGACAUGGCAGCCAUCCAUGUAGAGCGGCCAGACCCCAGAAUCACAAUCCAAGUACUCCAAGCGGUUUGUCUUCAUUAG